AUGGUAUGGUGUGUUGAAACGGAAAAAUAUCUGGAGUUCAAGAAAGAAAGAGUAUGCACGUUCCUUGCCCGAAAUAACAUUGGGAUACCCACGCAUGUAAUACAGAAGAUUCAGCUAAAGAAGGGCUCAUAUGUCUCCGACGAGAUCCUGCAUCUCAGCUCACAGCUUGACCCAGAGAUAGGAUGCAAGUACAUUCUAACUCGGCCAGAGUGCACUCUCUAUAUAUACAUUAACUUGUAUGCCCAGUCCUUUCUCAAGAGCGAGAAAAGAAAGAUAGUCUUUCUAGCUGCAAACAAUCUAUCUGUGCACCAUGUUCUCAAGUCCUUGGAAAAAUACUUUCCUGCCUUUCCGUACUUUAGCGAGUUUGCUCUGUACUACCGUGUUCGGACCCCAGAAUCGACCUUUCUGAAGAAGGCAGAGAUGCACGAAAGUGCCUCAGAUGUAGGCCCAGUGCUCUACCUCCAGCCUUCACACCCGCUGAACCUCUCGCGAAAGUUCCCUGCGCUGUUCUCAAGCGAGUUUUACCAGCUGAAGGCUAUAAACAGCAGCACGGUGUUUGCAAAAAAGUACAUUGUAGGGGUUUUCGGGCACUUUCUGUUCGCGUACAAAAAAGGCACAGACGGCACCCUGGGGUAUACCCUGGAGAUAACAAGUGAUCUUGUAUCGUAUAAGCAGACUGUGGGAACAAAGGUUUUUGCAGUGAUUGAGCAUAACGGAACGCGGUGGUCGCUCUAUAAUAAAAGCACAGAAGCUGUGGAGAGCCUUCUGUACUGUGUUAGCCAUGCUCCACGAAGUCUUCCCAGAGACACAGACAUAGACACAGAAAUAGAUGAAGACUGGGGACAGAAGUGCGAUGCUGUACGAGAGAUUGUCUCCUACAAUAUCUCAUCAUCCUCCUUUCCGCAGGCAGCUGUGCUCUUCCCGCAGAGCAUUCCCAGAAUAAAGGAUGAAGUGACAGAAAGUCAGUCGCCCCAGGCUCUUGUGCAGAAGCUGCAGUCACACAUACAAAGAAGUAUAUGGGAUAAUGUGAACAUCGAGUUUUUGGUCUAUUUAUUGAAUAUGCAGGGCCUGCCACUUGCCUUAGAAAUACACGAAGAAAUACGGGAGUACUCCAUGCACAGAAAGCGCAUUCUGAAAAAAAUCAAAGAGAUUGAGAAGUCUCUGUGA